AUGAACGCUAAUUCUCAGCCGUCGCAGCAACGCAUGUUUGCUCACAACCAAGUUCAACAACCGUUUCAAUCCGCACCACCACCACCUCAACAACAUCAACAUCAACAUCAACAGCAACAGCAACAGCAACAGCAACAGCAACAGCAACAGCAACAGCAGCAGCAGCAACAACAGUUUCAACGGCAGCUAAACAUCUCAAUACAGGCGCAUGGGAAUGGAGGUGCUCACCCGCAACAGUCCACCAGAACACCAACUCAACAAUUCAUGCGACAACCUAAUGGUAACCCCAUGCAACAUAUACAAGAGAAUACACCAAAUUCGUCCAGACCUGGAUUGCAAAGAAACUCAAACUUCAAUGAAAGUACUGCUAGUUUACAAUCAAUUCCAAUAAAUGCACAUAAUCUACAACCGAAUGGAAAUGUAGUGAACGGCAGGUCCGCUGCUGUAUCGAGAACCUUUUCACAACAAGCUCCUCCUCACACGAAUUCUGGCAAUAACUCCCAAGGACAUACUCCAGCCAUGCAAAACACACAAUCACCACUGAUAAACCAAGGAAGCGAUCAAAAAACCGGAGGGAAUGAUGCGACAUUGAGUCAACAAAGCGUUCAAGGAAAUAGCAAACAGCCACCGGGUGGUGGUAUGAUGUUCCAACAACCGGGCCCACAGGUAUCGAUGCAACCGCAAUUUAAUAUGGAAGUUGGUGGUGAUGGUGGAAGUGCCAACUUCAUACCGAAUACGCGAAAACCAUUCCCACAUGGACAGAAUCAGAACCAACUGCAGCCGAUGUUAACGACAGCUGAGCAGAUGCAGCAAGAAUUCAAUGCAAGGGUAAUAAAAAGAAAUUUGGGCAACGCUGCCACCAUGCGUGUACUCGAUUUAAUUGAUUUCUUAAGUAAUGAGGCGCAUGAUAAUUUGCAAAAUGUUGAAUUUUGGCAGAGAAUCACUCCAGCAUAUUUCUUGCCCAAUUCAACAUUGAGGUUUAAUUUCUCCAAAUCAAUAACAAACGAAUCUGACAAAUCGUUGAAUGAAGUGACGGGAUUAAAUUUUAGCUUUUUAAAGUUGACUGGUGGUAAAGGAGUCAAUGAUUUAACAAGUGUACCAAACCAUUUUGAACUAAAUACAACUACGGCGCCAAGAUUUCUUGCCAACUGUGUCGCGCAAUCUGAAUUUUCUAGAUUUUCUGUAUUCCUACCGGGGAUGAAGUUUCAAGUUUUGAAUAAUGGGUCAAUUAUAAUUGUUUCCAAACUUGAAAUUAACUUUACAUACAAGGACGAUUCCAUAUCAAAAUUGAAUGGGAAUGUCAAAGUCUUGAUGAGUCGUGAUUUACGUAUUGAAUGGAUAGAUGUCAACUGCCUCACUUAUGAAAGCUUAAUCAAUUUGAAUGUGCUAAACAAACAACCAGUCAAGAACAAGUCAGUAAAUGAUGUUUACUUCAAUUCCAAAACUGUACAAAAUAUGUCAACGUUUGGUUUAGGUAAAGCAAGUACUAGACAUUUGCAACUUGCCGAUGUUUUAACUCACAUGAAACAGUUGAUGGAUUUUAGUCAAUUGAAUAAUAUCAAGUCGCCACAACGAGCAUUGGAAUUACUCCUCACUACUCCUCAAGCAACAAUACCAACGAAUUUUCAAAUGUCUCGAGGAGUUCCAUUUGCCAGUGGAUUCAUGGGUGGCAGUGGUGGCGGUGGUGGUAUACCAGCGCCACAACGUCAGCCUAUCCAAUUUCAAGGACCCGUACCUGGUGGCGAAGGUGCUACUACUGCAGCAGCUGCUCAGAAACAUUUCCAGCAACAACAACAACAACAAGCAUCUUCUUCUUCUUCUUCGUCAUUACAGAACAACUCAUCGCUACCGCAACUGCAAGCUCUCAACCAACAAUUGCGAAGUACGAAACAAGAAGGACAACAAAUGAACCACUCUAAUUCAUUAGCUCAAAAAAAAGAUGAUAAUGUUUCCUCUCCAUCACCGAAAACAGUCACCGAUGAAGAACCGAGGAAGAGAAGGAAACCUAGUGUUGGAAAUAGUGCGUUGAGCGCAGAGACUAAUAAAAAAAGAAAGUAA